GGGAUGCAGUGGUACUACUGACAUCCUCUCGAGCAUGAAAUCAGUAAUCUGGCUAUAGUGGGGUAACCGCUAACCAGUCCAGUGGGGGCUGUCCGGAGCGCCCAGCGUCACACAGUGCACACAGACACACCGCUGUUGGCUACUACAUGAUGGUGCUAGACAGCGGCCACAAGGCAACACUCCUGGAGGGGGAGGAGCUGGCGCAGCAGCAGAAGGACUUCACAGGCUACAAGGACGGUCUGGUUCGCUUCAGCCCCGGCGGUUGGCUCUUGACUAAGAAGUUCACCAAAUUCGCUAAUGGCCUUUACAACUUCAAGUGGCGGAGCAGUGACGUGUUGCUGAUGACGUACCCCAAGUGUGGCACCACCUGGACCCAGGAAAUCAUCUGGACCAUGAGGAACAACGCCAGUCUCGACCACCCCCGCGCCAAUGACCCCCUCAUGGACCGAGCUCCCUUCAUUGAAUUUGACAUGUUCUUACCAGAUGGACUGACCAGGGAAAGUCCAAUAAUAGCGGGAAUGACCCCAUCAUUUUUGCGCCUAUGUCCAGACGCUGACCCCAAUGAUGGAGUGUACUUGCAGGUCUCAGCGGCCGCGCCUGUCCCAAGAACCAUAAAGACGCACCUGCCCUUCUCCUUCUUCCACCCUUCACUUCUAGACACAGCUAAGGUGGUGUACGUGGCCCGGAACCCCAAGGAUGUGCUGCUCUCCUACUGCCACCACUCACGCCUCUUAUUUGAGCACGGCUUUCAAGGCACAGUGGAGGAUUUCUACAAAUACUUCAUCGGUGGAGACUUGUUGUACGGGCCCUAUGACGAGCAUGUAAGGGAGGGGUGGGAGAGACACACCCACCCAAACCUUCACUUUGUGUUCUACGAGGACAUGCAGGCCGACAUCAUGAAGGAGUUACGCAGACUAAAUGACUUCAUGAACACUCAGCUGACAGAGGAGCAGCUGAAGAAGGUGGCAGACUACACCUCCUUCGAGAGCAUGAAAACCCGAGGCAAUGAGCAAAUGAAGGACUUUUUCAACCAAGACGUAUAUAAGAAAGACGGAGGAUUCUUCAGAAAGGGGAAGAGCGGUGACUGGAAGAAGAGCCUCACUCCUGAACUUGUUGCUGAGAUGGACUCGUGGAUUGUCAAACACUUUAAUUUUGGUGUCUCCUUUAAAUAAUCUGAAUGGUACCCUGAUCGCAUCUGAUGACCUGCUGAGUCGCCGUCCGUGAUCUCACUGACCAAACGCCGGCACUUAUUCUGCACAGAGGAAUGGAGGGAACAGCUUGCAAGAUCGGCCCUGCAUUACGCCGUGCAGCACGUCGUCAGAGCAAAUCGGUGACAUCGAGCACCUUGAAACUUGAAUGGCGAAUGGCAAGAUGAGGAGUGUAGGUAAUACUAGUUCGGGAUAUUGGCACCGUUAAUUCUUUAAUGGGCAACAAUAAUUCUAUAGUGUCAGCAGUUUGUCCCUCGGUGCCUCUCAGGCCCUCAGGGCUCCUCAGGCCGGUUCACGCCUGUCCUUGAUCGCGCCCACACGUACACGUUUGUACUCUGUUACUUUCCAUAGAAUAUACGGACUUUAGUUU